UCUUGUUCUGGAAGUCUGAGGACGGGACGCGGACGGCGCUGGUCGGGUACCGGUCGGCGGUCUGUCGUUAUGACGGGCUCCGGUCCGAAGCUCGGGGUGCUUCUGCUGCUGGCGGUUCUGCUGCAGACUGUGGUCGUCACCAUCACCGUGCUGCACUUCACCACGGCUCUUAAUUCGAUGAAGGAGACGUUUGCCAGGAGCAGCGUUUCCUGCCUGACGGGCGCCGACCUGCAGAGCGUCACAGCUGUACGAGGAGAUCCAUGCUGGCAGGUCACCCAGCAGCUUCACCUGCUCAUCGAGAAGUCUCUGUCUCAUCGUUACCAGAAGCAGAUCUCGUCUGUAGUCAGAGAUGAAGUCUCCCGGGUGUUGCCCUCGCUUGUGAUGGUGGACAGGGCUUCACCUCGCCCCAAAGUGGCCGCCCACGUCACUGGCAGCUUCGUGCCCAAGCUGGAGCAAAACGGAGGAGCUCCGGUCUCAGCCGGGCGUCGUGUCCAGGGCCAGAAGAUCUCGUGGUGGGAGGGCCAGAAGGGGCUGGCCUUCCUGCAGGACGUGCAGCUGGUGGACGGGGAGCUGGUGGUGCCGCAGCCCGGCCUCUACUACGUCUACGCCCAGACCUACUUCAGACACACUCACGCCCUGCAGGAGGACGGCGAGGACGGCGAGGAGGCCGAGGACAGAGGCAGGCCGCUGCUGCAGUACGUCUAUAAAAAGGUGAGCUCCUACCCGGUUCCCAUCUUGCUGAUGAAGACGAGCCGGACCUCCUGCUGGUCCCGGGGCUCCCAGUUCUCUCUGCACUCCGCCCACCAGGGGGGGCUGUUCCCGCUCAGCACCGGCGACCGCCUGUUCGUCACGGUAACCAACGCGUCGGCCGUGGACAUGGACGAGAAGAGCAGCUUCUUCGGGGCGUUUCUCAUCAGCUAGGGCCUCGGGAACGAGCCGCCGGGCCUCGUAAAAAAGGGAAACCAAACGAAAAACUGCAACAGUGAGUCACGAAGAAGUUUCUCUAUGAUCACUGAACAACUGGUGGAAAGACACUGAUGAGUGGGAGCCAAUCAAUCAGCAGAUAUUUGUUAAAGUUCAACCUGAGAUUACACUUUUUGCUGCACAAACAUUGACUUCGACACAGACUUCUGGGGUUUUUUCUGCACUGAUGUGAUUUAACGGAGUAUAUUCUCUCCUUUUUCCUCCAGGCUUUUUUUUUGUUGUUACCACAGUGAAUCCUUGAAGCAGUUAUGAACAAAAAAAACACCAAAAUUACAGGCGUCAGUUGGGUUGGAUACUAAAACCUCAAGCUCUAGUUCAUCCUGUGUUCAAGGUUCAAUACGGGCGCUGGUUUUACAUAUAUUGGAGCUUUUUUGUGAUUGUUAGUUUGCUCUACAGUCAUGGAAAAAAAUGUGUUCAUUUUAAUUCCUGGUACAACUAAAGGUACACUGUAAAAAAACGAUUUUGCU